CCCCUGUCACGUGGUGCUGGUGGGGCCGUGACGCCCGCGGCGGCGGAGGGCUCGGCUUGUCAGAGUCCUCAGAAAAUAAAAGUGUAUUUCAGAAAGUGAAAAUCAGAAGAAGUAGCUGAUGACAUUUUAAAGUGUACUAAGGAUUGUUUCUUGAGGAAAAUUUUUUAAGAUGUGGUGAAGAGCCUGUAUUUUCCCCUGUGUGGUAUAUAGUACCUUAAAAGAUGGGGUUUGGAGGUGACCUGAAAUGUUCUCAUGAUGCUUUAUUAAAACUGCAAGACUGGGAACUACGACUGCUGGAAACAGUGAAGAAAUUUAUGGUCAUGAGAGUAAAAAGUGAUAAAGAGUAUGCCUCCACUUUACAGAAUCUUUGUAAUCAAGUAGAUAAAGAGAGCACUUGCCAAUUGGAUUACAUCAGCAAUGUGUCCAAGUCUUGGUUGCUCGUGGUACAGCAAACGGAACAGCUGAGCAAAAUAAUGAAGACCCAUGCAGAAGAUCUUAAUUCUGGGCCUUUGCAUAGGCUUACAAUGAUGAUCAAAGAUAAGCAGCAAGUUAAGAAGAGUUACCUGGGUGUUCAUCAACAAAUUGAAGCAGAGAUGUACAAGGUCACAAAGACAGAACUAGAGAAACUAAAAUCUAGCUAUAGACAACUAAUAAAAGAAGUAAAUUCUGCCAAAGAGAAGUAUAAAGAAGCUGUGGCUAAAGGAAAGGAAACUGAGAAAGCCAAAGACCGGUGUGAUAAAGCCACUAUGAAGCUUCAUAUGUUGCAUAAUCAGUAUGUGUUAGCACUUAAAGGAGCACAAUUACAUCAGCACCAAUAUUAUGACACUACACUUCCUCUUUUACUUGAUUCACUACAGAAGAUGCAAGAAGAAAUGAUUAAAGCCCUAAAAGGAAUCCUGGAUGAGUAUAGCCAGAUCACCAGUCUUGUAACAGAAGAGAUUGUGAAUGUCCAUAAAGAGAUACAGACCUCAGUUGAACAGAUAGACCCUAACUCUGAAUAUAAUGACUUCAUAGACACUCACAGGUCAUCGGAAGUUGUUGAACAAGAAAUAGAGUUUGAUACAUCUUUACUAGAAGAAAAUGAAAACCUUCAGGCUAAUGAGAUCAUGUGGAAUAAUCUAACAGCAGAAAGUUUACAAGUCAUGUUAAAAACCGUAAUAGAAGAACUGAUUCAGACACAACAAACCCUUCUGAGCAAAGAGGAACUUGUGUUGGAACUAGAGAAAAAAAUUGAAGAGUCCUCUAAGACUUGUGAAAAGAAGUCUGAUAUUGUACUCUUGCUGAGCCAAAAGCAAGCACUGGAAGAACUUAAGCAAACAGUUCAACAAUUAAGAUGCUCUGAGGCAAAGUUUGCAGCCCAGAAAGAACUCCUGGAACAAAAGGUCCAAGAGAAUGAUGGGAAGGAGCCACCACCUGUUGUGAAUUAUGAAGAAGAUGCCAGAUCAGUCACUUCUAUGGACAAGAAAGACAAAGUCUCAAGAUUUGACACUAUACGCCAUUCCAUAGCUGGAAUUAUAAGGUCUCCAAAAUCCAUGUUGGGCUCAUCAUCGUUCUUUGAUAUAAUAUCAACCACUGAGAAACCAUUGUCUGACCAAGACUGGUAUCAUGGUGCAAUUCCAAGAAUAGAAGCCCAGGAGCUGUUAAAACAGCAAGGAGACUUCUUGGUGCGAGAGAGCCACGGGAAACCUGGUGAAUAUGUCCUUUCUGUGUUUUCAGAUGGACAACGGAGGCACUUUAUCAUACAAUAUGCUGAUAAUCAGUAUCGUUUUGAAGGAACUGGGUUUCCAACUAUUCCUCAGCUCAUAGAACAUCAUUACACAACAAAGCAACUUAUUACAAAGAAGUCAGGUGUUGUUCUGCUGAAUCCUGUUGUUAAGGAUAAGAAGUGGGUUCUCAAUCAUGAGGAUAUUACACUGGGAGAACUACUAGGCAAGGGUAAUUUUGGUGAGGUGUAUAAGGGAACACUGAAGGAUAAAACUCCUAUUGCUGUAAAAACAUGUAAAGAAGAUCUUCCUCAGGAACUGAAAAUCCGAUUUCUGUCAGAAGCCAGAAUACUCAAACAGUAUGAUCAUCCUAAUAUUGUAAAACUUAUUGGAGUUUGCACGCAACGGCAACCUAUUUAUAUUGUUAUGGAACUUGUUCCAGGAGGUGAUUUCCUGUCCUUUUUAAGAAAAAAAAAGGAUGAGCUAAAAACCAAACAGCUGGUGAAAUUUUCAUUAGAUGCUGCUUCUGGUAUGGCAUACCUUGAAUCUAAAAAUUGUAUCCAUAGAGACCUGGCCGCAAGGAACUGCUUGGUAGGUGAAAGCAACAUUUUGAAAAUAAGCGAUUUUGGAAUGUCCCGACAAGAGGAUGAUGGCGUGUAUUCAUCAUCAGGCCUAAAGCAGAUUCCUAUCAAGUGGACUGCUCCAGAAGCUCUCAACUAUGGGAGAUACACAUCUGAGAGUGAUGUAUGGAGCUUUGGAAUCCUUUUGUGGGAAACCUUCAGUUUAGGAGUAUGUCCAUAUCCUGGAAUGACCAACCAGCAAGCAAGAGAGCAAGUUGAGAAAGGCUACCGGAUGUCAGCUCCACAAAAGUGUCCAGAAGAAAUAUAUAAAAUAAUGCAGAGGUGCUGGGACUACAACCCAGAAAACCGUCCAAAAUUCAGUGAGAUUCAGAAAGAGCUGUCUUCAGUCAAGAAGAAAGUGACAUAAUGAUAAACAAGUGCCAAGCUCAGUGUGUAGGACUUUAUUUUCAGUGAAGUAAUUUUUUUCCCAUCAAACAACAUGCAUUUAUACAACAUUAUUUGAUAUAUUCUUCUAGGAUUACUUUGAAAUUAACUGGGUUUUUGUAUCCAUGUGUACCAUCUUGAGUGGUGCUUACACCUGUGUUAAAGACAUAUACGGCAAAAUGCUAUAUAUCCAGUCACAGUAAUAUUGUCAUUUAGGUUACAUGUAAAUUGAAAAGCACAUACUGUAGAUUUAAGGGACUGUGGCUUCUAUCUCUUUUACAGCAAAUAACUGCUAGUGACAUUUUUCAGAAGUUUUCUACUUUAAAUUGUUUUCUCACUCUGCUGUCCUGGUCCUGUAUGUCAACACCAACAGCACUCUAAUGUGACGUCUGUCAUUAAGUGUUCGCCUUAAAGCUCAAGACAGUUUUGACAACUAUUUAAACUUGAAAAUUUCAUAUUUUUAAAAUUCUUUCUGCAACUGAUAUUUUAAAAAGUGAUACUUCGUCUUAAGGAUGAGAGUCAGCUGGAUUCUGAACAGUGAAAUCCAGAAUUUUCUUUUGUAGAAAAUUGGGUUAGUUGAGCAUUUUUUACCAUACUUUAGUACAUACUUCUGGCUUUUGAUAGGACGCACUCAAGCCACUCCUUUUAUUCCUAGAAAGCCAUUAGAAUUCAGUAAUAUAUCUCCUUUAAAAUGACCUAUAUUUAUUUAGAAACAAACAAACAAAAAAGUAUCGAGACUUGAAUACACAUUAAGAAAUACUGCAAAUCAUCUGCCUUCCAAAGAAUAUGUGAAAGCAGUAGGCCAUCAGGAAGAGCUUUACUAAUUAUAGCAGCAGAUAAUAAAUAACUGUUGAUGAAAGAGGAGCUAAAAAAUACAAAUUGCUAGAGAUGAUUUGAUCCUAAGUUUUUCCUUAAAUUCAUAAUAAUUGUCAGAAUGCAGCUGGGGCCUACAAAAGUUUUACGCUAAGCAAAAAUACAUUCCAUGCAUAGUGUCCAAAGGAAAAUGCUACUUAUGAAUUGCAUUGUGCAAGAAACCAAAAUAAACAUGUUUCAAGCCAAUGACAAGCUGAGCAAGGCAAAGUAGAACUACUAACCUUCUAACUUUUUAAAAAUCAUUACAAUCAUAUUUGAAAAUACUGGGGAUAGACAAGUUUUAGAUGCCACAAGGAACUGAAACUUUGUGUAUGUAAAUAGAUAUAACAAAACAUUAAAAAAAAAAAAAAAAAAUU